GUUUCCUAAAACGUCCCAUUUUAUACGCGCUGUAAAAUGAGCAAAUGCCAAAACCUCAGGGACAAAAACGGGUUUAUAAUUAAAAAAAUAAAAGUAGUACGUACUAUACGUCUAUACUCUAUACUGCAUACUACAACGCCACUGAAAAAUGACGCCAAAAGCCUGCUAAAACUUCCCACUCCUUCCACGUUCAAUUUCAUUUUUCCAGAAUUCAUCACUGCUUCUUCACUCUCUCUUCUAGGGUUUCUGCUGCAAAUUUUCUGCAAUUUUUCAACUUCAGGGACGGGCCUGUUUGAAGUAGACGGUGGAGCUUAUAUAUAUUUUGACUUGUCGGUCAUUUUUGGAUUACUUGAUGGCAUCUUCAGAUGAAGAGGGUGAGAUAUUCCCAGAGAGCGUGACUGAUUAUCAAUUCAUAAAUCAGGAAAAUAAACUUGUUUCAUUUGCAUUUUUGCCCCUUCUUUGGCCCAAGGAAAAGCCUGUUGAUACUGUGAAUCUCCAGCUGUUCUUUACUGGUGUUUCUGAUGAUGGCCUCAGAAAGGUUUUUAAACAAGUUGUAGCGUGGAGAUAUGAGCUUUCCUAUGUACAGCCUGAGAUUUCAGUUUUUUGCAAGGGUGACUUUUGGGUAAAACUUCUGAAGCCAAAAAAGCUGUUUGAGCCUACAAUUAGGUCACUACUAAUCACGAUCCAUUGCCUUCAUUAUGUUAAACAUAAUGUAGAGGCUACUGAAAACUCUAUAUGGUGCCACUUGUCAAAAGUGUUCAGCACGUAUGAGGUUGCCCCUUCAGAAGAUGACUGUAUGAAUCAUAUUUCACUAAUUAGAUUUGCCGCUGAACGUGAUAAGACCUUAUUGAACAAUGAGUACAUGCUUGGGAUUCUUUUGGAAAAGCCUAAGAAGGGGAAAGUGCUUCAAAUGGAAGGUUUGCCUGUGAAGAGGACUGAUUUUAUUGUUGAUGAAGAGGAUGACCCUUUUGAGGUUGAUGACUCAAUUGACUACGAUGACUUCUUUGAUACAUGUUGCUCCCUUUGUGACAAUGGUGGGGAUAUUCUUAGCUGUGAAGGGAGAUGUAUGAGAUCCUUCCAUGCAACCGAGGAUUCUGGAGAGGGAUUAUGUGAAAGCCUUGGCCUGUCAAUGGCACAAGUUAAUGCUAUUCCUGUAUUUAAAUGCAAAAACUGUCGAUAUCAGCAACAUCAAUGUUUUAUUUGCGGAAAGUUAGGCUCAUCUGAUUUAUUUUGUAAUCCAGAGGUCGUCCCCUGUAUUGCUGCUAAUUGUGGCCGGUUUUAUCAUCCUAGUUGUGUUGCUAAAGAACUACAAAAGAGAAAUGAUACCCAGGAUGAUGAUCUUGAGAAAAAAAUAGCUGCAGGAGAGUCGUUUGCUUGUCCUGUACAUAAAUGUUUUGUUUGUAAGCACGUAGAGGAUAGAGAAGUUGAUGACCUACAAUUUGCAGUUUGUAGACGUUGUCCUAAAUCAUAUCAUAGGAAAUGCUUACCGAGAGAAAUUUCUUUUGAAGAUGAUGAUGAGAAUGGAAUCCUACAAAGAGCUUGGGAUGGUCUUUUGCUAAAACGUAUUUUAAUAUAUUGCAUGGACCAUGACAUUGAUCCAACACUUGGCACCCCAUUGAGGAACCAUAUAUUAUUUCCUGGUAAAGAGAGAAAACGUGUAUCAGAGAAUUGUUUGCCUAAAGUGAAUGUCCUGCCUAAGAAAAGGAAACUGAUUCCGUACCAUUCUCCAAUUGAAACUGUUGAACGGAAGAUUGUAAAACAAGCUGAUAAGGCUCAUUGUUCUAGUUUUAAAGGGAGUGAUGCAACUAGGCAAGUCGGAAAAGGUAGUAUCAAACCUAGUUCUGAUGCACAGAAGAAUUCAACCUUCAGUAAUCUGACUUCUGCUUCAAGACGUCAAGUUAAAUUUUUGCCAACAUUAACUACAAGCAAAACAGUGCGUGAUACAAGUAAAUUUAUGUUUGAGAAGAGUCUGAAGUCAAAUGUGAUGAAGCUUGGCAAUGCUAACAAAUUUGGGAGGAAACUUAAUACCGUUCAUUCAGCUAAGCCCCUGCUAGAGAAACAAUGCUUCUCAAAUCCUGUUGACAUUCAAAUAGAGAAAAGAAUAAAUGCUCUGAUGGAAAAUGUCAAUGCUUCUUUUAAUGAGGAUGAAUUCAAAAAGCAGCAGGUUGUUCCUUCCAAUUACAAGGCCUCUCAAAUUCCUUUAGAUAAGACUCUGUCGAAGGUGAAAGUAGAGGUCACGGUUAAUGCCAUUCGAACAGCCUUAAAGAAGCUUGAAGAUGGUGGCACUAUUGAAGAUGCAAAGACCCACUGUAGCGCAGGAUUGCUUUGCCAACUCCCAAUAUGGAAGAAAAGGCUUAAUGUGUAUCUUGCACCUUUUAUACAUGGCAUGUCCUAUUCAUCCUAUGGACGACACUUCACGAAACCGGAUAAGCUUCAAGAGAUUGUUGAAAGGCUACAUUGGUAUGUCCAAGACGGUGAUAUGAUAGUGGACUUCUGCUGUGGUGCUAAUGAAUUCAGCUGUUUGAUGAAAAAGAAGCUGGAUGAUGUUGGGAAGAAGUGCUAUUUCAAAAAUUUCGAUCUCUUUCCAUCAAAGAAUGAUUUCAAUUUUGAGCGAAGGGAUUGGUUUAGUGUUCAAUCUGGAGAACUGGCAGAAGGCUCUCGACUGAUAAUGGGGCUGAAUCCUCCUUUCGGAGUUAAGGCAUCACUGGCUAACCAGUUCAUCGAUAAAGCUCUUCAAUUUAACCCAAAGCUUCUCAUUUUUAUUGCCCCACCAGAAACUCGGAGGCUUGAUUCUGGGAAAGGCCCGACGCACACAAGGUAUGAUUUGAUAUGGGAGGAUUCAUAUCUACUCUCUGGCGAGGCAUUCUACCUUCCUGGAUCUUGUGAUGCUCGUGAAAAGCAACUAUCACAAUGGAACAAUGUUACUCCUCCCCUUUAUCUCUGGAGCCAUCCUGACUGGACUAGAAAGCACAGGGAAAUUGCCUACAGGUGCGGCCACUCUCAGAUUUCUGGUCAAAUACCAUGUUCUCGCCCACCUACUUGGAACUAUAUACUCGAAGAGCAGCAAGAUUGUUACGGUGAUUUCUCCCAUCUGAUGAAUAUGUAUGGUGAUCUUCCCCGCAUUUUAGAUGAUGUUCCGGAACAUAAUCAUAACCCAAUGAUAACAAAUGUGGCAGGACUGCCGGAAGCCAAUGUGUGCAUUACUCCUGUUGACGAUCUGAAGGACAUGGAUAUCUCUCCCACCAAUUCUCCAAGUUACUUUAUCUCUUGACUCGUUGAUUUGUAAAUUCCUUAGAUCCUUGUAAAAAAGUUGGCGAAAUAUGUCAUAUCUGUCGAACUACUAUAUAAGCUGUGAAGUCUUGUCAACUCUGCUAACUAUACACUUUUACCCGGUGCAUAUAGCCCUAUCUUGCUAUCAGUAUUCAUUAUGUAUGGCCACUGCAGUUUUGUAAAGCUUAAGUUGUCUUUAAGUAUAUCAAGCAUAUUGGUUACUCGCUA